AAGGCACGCGGGGUUGUCUUCAAAGUUAGAGCCAGUGACACGUCAACUGGGUCCCACAUCCAGACUAAGCAACUCCUCGACAGCUCUCGCGUGUCUUUAAACUCCACGUGUCACCCGACCACUACUCUCCCUCCCUCCCUCCGCCUUCCGUCGAACCAGUGUGUGCUCAACGACGAAGAUCCGUACUCUCUCUCUCUCUCUCUCGAAUCAGAGAGUAUUUGAUUCGGCACAGUGGACCCCGAUCUUGGUGGCGGAAUCGUCGAUCACAGAACUGGCCCAGAGCAGCUCCGUCCUUCUCGCGUUUCAGUUCCAUCUAUUUUCAUUGUAAAGUUUGGUUGAUUGUUGUUGCUUAUUUGGGUGAUCGACUUGGUGUAGAUAUAUCAUCAUCGCCAUGACUGGUUCUGGCCAGUUUAUCUCUGUUCAGCCUGAUGAGCUCAAAUUCCAAUUUGAGCUGGAAAAACAAAGCUACAGUGAUCUUAAAGUUACAAACAACACAGAACAUCAUGUUGCCUUCAAGGUCAAAACCACUUCACCAAAGAAAUACUUUGUACGGCCAAACACUGGUGUUAUACAUCCAUGGGACUCGUGUGUCAUAAGAGUCACCCUUCAAGCUCAAACAGAAUACCCUCCAGAUAUGCAAUGCAAAGAUAAAUUUCUCCUACAAAGCACAAUUGUGGCUUCAGAUGCUGAUGUCGAUGAGCUUCCACAAGAUACCUUUAAUAAAGACAGUGGAAGGACAAUACAAGAAUGCAAGCUUAGGGUUGUCUAUCUCUCUCCUCAAGCAGCCCUUGGAAACCCAGAUGAUCGAAGUUUUGAUAACAACUCUAUGCGCAGCUCCUCAAGCUUUGAUGAUAUUCCGGGUUUGCAACAUCUGAAGGAUGAAAGGGAUACAGCUAUGCGACAAACACGGCAACUGCAGCAGGAACUGGAAAUGCUGAAGAGACGGAGUCGUCGGAAAAGUGACCCUGGCUUCUCCUUCACAUUCGCGCUUUUCGUGGGACUCAUUGGGCUCAUGGUUGGCUUCCUUUUAAACCUUUCGUUGUCUUCGCCUUCAACAGAAUGAUUUCACUUGGCUUUAACAGUUUUAGGAGAUGACUUUUAUUGUAUAAUUUCACUUCCCUUCUGUGUUCCCUUUUCCCUUUGUAAAUUGGGUCACUGCAUAAUUGCUGUUGAUCAGUUGGUUUGAGUAAUAUACUUCAUGCUUGUCAAUAUGGCACAGCUUUUUCUUUGA